CUGUUUUGCUUAAACUAAUGCUCAAAUACAGAAUAACUAAUGCAUCUGUUAAAACAUGGGUGUAAAAUAACAGCUUGAUUAAAAGCAAAUACUGUUCGGAAUGUGCUAAUGAAUCUCCAGGAUAACUGGGCAAAAUAAGUUAUUUUAACUUCAUGUCUGGUUGGACUACAGUGCAUUUAAAUACAGGUAGACAUACAAAUGACUCCAUAUACUUUUGCGAUCAACUGAGCAUAGUUUUUCUAGAGAGGAAAAAAGAGAAGGGCGCCACGAUGACCGACUGGUUAGAGCAUCUGCCUCACAGUUGUGAGGACCGGGGUUCAAUCCUCGGCCCCGCCUGUGUGGAGUUUGCAUGUUCUCCCCGUGCCUGCGUGGGUUUUCUCAGGGCACUCCGGUUUCCUCCCACAUCCCAAAAACAUGCAUGGUAGGUUAAUUGACAACUCUAAAUUGCCCGUAUGUGUGAAUGUGAGUGCGAGUGGUUGUUUGUUUGUAUGUGCCCUGCGAUUGGCUGGCAACCAGUUCAGGGUGUACCCCGCCUCCUGGCCGAUGAUAGCUGGGAUAGGCUCCGGCACGCCCGCGACCCUAGUGAGGAGAAGCGGCUCAGAAAAUGGAUGGAUGGACAAGGAGUUUUCACAUUUUAGGUGUAUGUUAUCCUGUAUUUUUUUAACAUUGCAAAAUAUCGCAGGGUCAUAAAAAAUCGCAGUCAUUUUUUUUCCAAUAUCGUGCAGCCCUACACUGUAUGGCCCACUCAAUGCAUAACAUUUGGGUGAUGUUCCUCGCACCUGCAAAUUAAAGUGGUAGGACGAUCUACACAGUCGUACAGAUUAUAUAAUCUUCUACCCUCAAUAUGAUCUGUCAGGUUGUGACAGGUUAUAACCGAAGAGACAACAUGUGGAAGAGGAAGGUGUUUUGGAAUAUGAGGGUAAUUUAGAAAUCAAUUCUUAGUACAGUAUUCUGAUUGUGAAAGUUCAUUUGAAGAUUCCCUUGUCUUUCACUUGGAAUACACAACGCAAGGAGGAGCACCAUAGAUGAUCGCUGGCGCAAGCAAAGAACCAGUCACUGGAAUGAGCUCAUCUCCACUCCACUCACUUGGUAACAUAAUACAAAUGUCCUAGAACCCACACAAUUUGCAGUGAUUUUCAGAUCAAGUCAUCCUUUGAUGAUUCCAUAGUCACUCAGAAAAUGAUUGUGGAUAUCACCCAUUUGAGUUUUCAGUUCAGCACUGGAAAAAGAGAAAAACAUCAUGGAUCUUGCAUGCCUACAUUGGCAUCGUCAUCCUUGUUGUUCUCUAAAGGUCAAGAGGGGGGAUUAACUGCAAGUCUGUGGGAUGCUGAAGAAGGGAGGGUGAUUUUUAGAGCCACAAUCUCUCUGAAGAGCUUCCAUUUCUUGUCAUGGAUCAUUUGACUUGAUGACCAGGAAUCAAGACUAGUUCUAAGGCAAGUGGACAAGUUGGCAAUAAUAUGCACUGUGUGGGUCCAGUGUGUAUAUAUAUAUGCCCUCAAAACGGAAAGUAUGGCAUGAAAAUUUGGGUUGCCUGUGAUGCCUUUUCAUUUUAGGCAUGGAAUAUGCCAAUUAUACAGGAAAGCUAGAAGAACGAGGUGUUUUGAAAAACAGGGAACAUGAGUAGUGAUAGAUUUGUCAAGGAUUCAGUGGUCACAUUACCUGUAUUGCUGGGCGAUAUAUUGUGAAGCUCGAUUCGUUCUGUAUUUUAUUAAUGCUUGAUAUGGGAAAAGGGGAUCAUUGAUUUUAUUUUCUAUACCUUUUUCUACUCCGUGAGAUUUCGUUGCUCUGCAAGACUUCCACAGCAGCUCUUGUUGUGUGGAGACAACAUGAUACAACAUGGAGGAGAAGACGCUAGCAGUUAGCGAGUCAGAAAUGGUCCCAAAAAAGGGCACGUAACAUCUAUCAUUUGGAAACAACCAUUCUCUGCAAAAUGUGUAUGAAAGGUGUUGCGACGAAGACAGGCAUAUCCGUGUAAAAUCACCUAAAGAUGAAGCACGUUGUCAAGUGCGCUGCAUGUAUCACGCUAAUGGGAGCUGCGACUUCCUGUCCUGCUCCUUAAUCUCAACAAAGCAAAUUUAACAGGAUCCAUAUUCAGCUCCACUUGUUAUGAGAGGUCGAGCACCAAAUGGAGGGAGGUAACAUCAACAAUCUCAUUCUAUACUGUAACCAAGGACAUGAUUCCUAUUUAACCAGUGGAAAAACAAGGAUUCAAAAAGCUGAUGAAAACAUUGGAUCCCAGAUACGAGUUGCCCAGUGGGAAAUCAUUCUCAGAGGAAGCAUUGCUCGAACUUUACAAUUAUGUCAGGUAGAAAGCACAGUGUAACAUACUUCUCUACGUUGAAGACUGGGAGCUGAAAAGUACCUUUUUUCAUACAAGCUACGCACCCAAAGAUCAUACUGGCGAGACAAUUGUGCAAGGACUUUAAAAAGGCCUCAAAUUCUAGGAAGCUAGAUGAAUAUUGUGAUAUCAAAUUUCGGCCAUAUCCCCCAGCAUUAAUUACCUCUGGUAAUAGCAAUUUGUAUAACCUGGGACAGAAGCUUCUCAAAAGAACUUUGGAAAUGGUUGGACAAUCUGGAAAAAACGUAAGACGUCGCCCCCUUCUGAAGUUAUAACUGAAGAAAAGGCCAGUACAUUUUUCCAACUUUGUUUACAGUGAAUGCUGUCCUGGUUUAUUACAAAACAAAAAAAGGAUGCUACACAGGGUUAGAACAAGAAGUAGCUGGGAGGACUGUAAACCAGAGGUCAUACUUGACUACAUCACUGCUACAGGAGGUGUCGACAGUUUAGACAAACUGCUGGCCUGCUACUACUGUCAAAGAAGGUUUCAGUGGUCACUUGUGAUAUUUUUUGUCUUACUGGAUGUUUCGGGCUGUAAAGCAUUUACAAUCUGGAUGGGAAUCAACCCAGAAUGGAACCAAAGAAGACUUGUUUUUUGAGGAGGUAGGAAAACUACAACUCCACAGGAGAAAACAUGUCCAAGUAAUUCAGCGUCUGUAGCCACAGUGAGGAGAAUGAGAGCGACCCCAGCUGUCACACCUGCAGGCCUCACACAACCACAGCCUGAAAUUUCUGAAGUUGCAUCUGGUGGAAAGAGGAAGCGCUGCGAGAUGUGUGGACCACUAAAGGACACAAAGACACAAACCACGUGCAGAAACUGCCAAAAGUACAUCUGUGGUGCACAUACUGCCAAAUUUUAAGGGUACCCGGGAUGGCAAGCCAAAGAGGAAAACUGUGAUGACAACCAUAGCACUGAAAAAGGAACUUAUCGCCAAGUGGGAGAGAGAUACCGGAAUACCUUCUACAGAAGACCAUCCUCGACUUUCCAAGAGCCCCUACAAGUCUUGCAAUGUUCCUAUUUCACCACCUGAUUAUUUUUUGGCCAAACUUUCCCAAUGCUACAAGGACUGUCCUGAACAAAAACCCCUGAUUGCCAUAAUAGCAGAUGAUAUGGAAUCCGUGGACAUCCCUUUUAGUCAUGUUCCUCAAGGUUACCCCAUAUCCUCCCAGCACCUUGUUCCAUCAAAAGAGGAUUUUACAUAUCACAAUAAUGCUCCUAAAUGGCCACAGCUUCCCCUGACUCAUCACAGCCCAGAGAGUGUUAACUGGGAGAUAUCUGACAAUCUGAGGCAGAUCAUACGCAAGAACAAGGAGUCCAGAGAGCGGAUGCAGAAGAGCAACCACCUGAGCAACCACCCUGACGAGACCUGCACAUUUAAACCAGUACCAAGUUACCCGCAGAACCUGAUACUCAAGAUGGUGAACAAAAUCUCAUGCAGAUCAGCUCAGGAAGAGGAGGAAAUGAAGAGUCAAGCACUUCGUCUGUACUGUCGCAAUGUUUGUGUCAAUUGGACGCCCUGUAAUUUGGUCCUUGACCCAAAUUCACCAUGGCUGGGGGCCCAGCCUCAUGGCUUGGUGUACGACCCAAAAGAAGAUCCCAGUUUUGGACUGGUGUAUGUCAGCUCUUCCAGCCUCCAGAGUUUUAUAGACUGCCCCUUCUUGAGAUUCAAGAAUGAAUUAGUGUUCCUAAAAAACACAGACGAGCACUAUAUACACAUCCAGGGAGAGAUGAUGGUGACGGGCACAUCGUGGUGUGACCUGCUGGUGUUUGCCAAGGAAGACAUACUGGUUCAGAGAAUAUACAGAGACAGAUGCACCAUUGAGAGAAUGAAGGGAAAGUUGGAUGAGUAUUAUUUUUAUCAGUAUCUGCCAAGUAUUUCAAAGUGAUUUCCACUAUUUCAAAAUGCUGGCAUACACAUGCACGGUAACUUGUUGGUGCUACUGGAAGUGAGUUUUUGUAAUGUUUCAUUCAAUACAGUUUUUUCUGCCUCGCACUAAAAAUGUUGAUGUAGUUGGAUCAUUCCUGGCUAUUGGUGCCUUUUCCUCCCCCAUGAAAACACUUAAUGUUUUACUUGAAAUUAAUAAAAUGUUAAUUAUAAAAACA